AGUCCUGUACUUGAAAAUGAAAAUGCCAAAUCGGUCCUCUUCUUGUUCUCCUCGUUCUGUCUUCUUCUUCAUCCUGUGCUUCCUCCUUCUUCCUCUGUCGUUGCUCUUGCUGUUGCUACUGGUCGUCCCUUCUUCUUCUUCUUCUUCUUCUUCUUCUUCUGCUUCUUCAUCAUCUUCUUCACAUGGAGGAGAUCGCCUCGAAGCCGAGAAGGUGACGGUGUCUGUGUACUACGAGACUCUGUGUCCGUAUUGUGCAGAAUUCAUAGUGAAUCAUCUGGUGAGAAUCUUCCAAACGGGUCUCAUCUCCAUUGUUAAUCUCGCAAUGAUCCCCUGGGGCAACGCCUUCAUCACACCCGAUGGUUCCUUUCUUUGUCAGCAUGGAGAGGAGGAAUGCUUACUCAACACAGUCGAGGCCUGCACUAUCAAAAUCUAUCCUGAUGUGAUGAAGCAUUUCAGAUUCAUACACUGCGUGGAGAGAGUAACGCUAGAGAAGAUGCAAAACCAAUGGGUGAACUGCUUCCAAAUGAGCGGCUUAGACUCUUCUCCUCUUGAUUGCUACUCCAACGGCUCUGGCAGAUUGAUUGAGCAAAUAUACGCCAACCAAACUGCUCAGCUUGAUCCACCCAUUAGAUUUGUUCCCUGGGUGGUAGUGGACAACCACUCACUUCAAGAGGACUAUCCCAAUUUUCUCAAGUAUAUCUGCGCUGCUUUCAAGGGCAAUCCUAAACCAGAUGCUUGUCUUUCACUUUCAGUCCCCACCACCACUGACUCUAAUCACUACACCAAUUCCUUUAUUCCUGUUUGCCAUGCCUCUCACUAUCUACCACAUUAGGGACAGAUUCCUCCUAAAUAUUACAUAUAAUUAUUUUUCCUGUUCUGCAUCCUUUUUGGAAAUAUUCUGAAGGUUACACAGCAUGUCUGCGAAUGUGCGAGCCAAAAUUAUUAUAAAUCGUUCGAUUUGUCUUUAUAGACUGCAAAAUUUGUUUGCAUUUUGCACUAAA